AUGUCGCUAUUCGCAUCAGGAAGAAAUACUUUGCUCAGGAUGUGCAAUGGUAUAUUUAAUGUCCUCACUAAAUAUAUAGAUCUUGUCCGCCGAUUAUCAAAGACACAGAACACCGUAUUUUGUGGUCGUAUACAGCUUUUUCUUUCCCGCCUUUUUCCUCUCGACGAGAAAUCUGGCCUUAAUCUUAUGAGCAGUUUCAAUACCGAAAAAGAAGUUUCCUAUAAUAGAAAUCCCGACUCUUCCUUAUUCUCUGGACAGCGCUCUACUAACGGUGUCUUGGAUGAUUUAGAAGAGGGCGAGAUGCUUCUGGAUCUCCAACUUAUGGAUAUGAGUUUUAGACGAUAUAUUUUGGUGCAACUUUUAAUCCUCUUUCAAUACCUCACUGCAACUGUAAAGUUCAAAGGACCUCUACAUGUUCUCUCUGAUGGGCAAAUCAAAUGGUUAUCGGAAAAAAGGGCAUUGGUCCGUCAUUUGUUGGCCCCAAAUAUUUCCUUUGAUCAAAAUGAUGUUGAUAUCGCUGAAUCUGCUCUUGGAAACCCUGACGCAAACGAAAUCACAAAGGAGCAAACCAAAGAUGCGGAUCGCGGCAAGGAACGUGAACAAGCAAAUAAAAACGAGCGAGAAGGGAAUAAGGAUAAUAAAGAAAAAGAUCGUAACAGACCUUCUUCUGAAGAUUCAGUAGCAGGUGCUAUUACUCCAAAUAGUCAGAAUGGUUUUUUAGCUUGCCUAGAGCAUGUACUCGACAGAGAAAAUGCUUGGAAUCAAUGGAAAAAUGAUGGCUGUCCAUCGUUUGUACGAUCUCCUGAAAAGUCAUCAUUGGCGCCUAGGUAUGACUAA